AUGCUGGAACUUCGAACUGCUCUUGACGAUUUUUUUGGACACGUCGCUAGGACGCGUGAGUUUUCAGACGCAAAAUUUAAACAACCAACAGCUGAACAUUGGCUUGUCAUCCGAUGUUUAGUUGUCUUGCUUGAACCAUUCGCUGAACCAACCGACGGUUUAGGUGGGGAGAAGAAGAUCAAAGACGAAGAAAUGUUCGAGGCGAUCAUGCGUUCCGUCGGCAAUGAAGCGUUCGUUCCGCGAGUGAAGACGUUGAUGCAGUCCGUUCGGCGUACGUACGUCACGCUUUUCACAGAAAGGUUCAAGAAGAAACUACCUAUGGAGCUGUUGUGGAUUUCAGCACUGGAUCCAAGAUCGGCGGAGCUCAAGCAUCUAAACCACGAAGAGGCUAAAACGGCUAUUGCUCACCUCAAAGCGGCUGUGUUUGAGAUGGGAAAUGAUAUGAGAGCCACCCAAUCCACC